CUGCCCGGCUGCGUUCGAUCCACUCCGGGCAUUUCUUCCCGCCUAAAGCCGAUCUUGCUGCAGGGAGGAGCGACCGGGGUGCAGUUGAGAGAUGAGCUGAGCAUCACAGCCCCGCAUUCAAGGAAACGGACUAACACAGCACUUUUUUCUCUCUCUCUCUAGACUUCCCACAAUGUUUCUGGCUUCCGUAAAGCACGAGAGCUUUAUGAUGUGAAAAAAGUGUGGUAUGCACGCAGAGAGGCCGGUGUGAGCAGGUUUUGUCUCUGAGGAGCGGGGAAUCUCUGCCCAGUCAAGGAAGACCCCCUCAAUUGUUUCCUGCGCCAAGAACUGUAAAGACAUGGUCAUCACAGCGCAUCUGUGAUGAGCAGCAGGCUGUGAGUGUGAGGACGUCUCAGAGGAUGUGCCCGACCUGUGGGCCCCAGUGCUGAGGAAGCUCCGCAGGGCUGACCGGUGGCCAGCAUGUCUCUGCACCAUCAGUACCAGCGAGGCCCCCACGGCCGCACCAUGAGCACCGAGGAGAGGAGCUCCACGCCAGUGAACAAGACCUCGGUGCCGGUUCAAAAGAGCGCCUCCUCCUCUUCCUCGUCCCAGCGAGACAGCCGGCAGGAGGCAGACAGCUGGGAAAUAAUCGAGGGACUGAAAAUCGGUCAGAGCAACGUCCAGAGGCCCGACAAACAUGAAGGUUUUAUGUUGAAGAAAAGGAAAUGGCCCCUGAAAGGGUGGCACAAGCGUUUCUUUGUUCUGGACAACGGCAUUCUGAAGUACUCCAAGACCCCUAUUGAUAUUCAAAGGGGAAAGCUUCAUGGCAGCAUCGACGUCGGCCUCUCUGUCAUGUCCAUCAAAAAGAGGGCGCGUCGCAUCGACCUGGACACCGAGGAGCAUAUUUAUCAUCUGAAGGUCAAGUCUCAAGACAUCUUUGACGCCUGGGUGUCGAAGCUGCGCCACCACCGACUCUAUCGACAGAAUGAGAUAGUGCGCUCUCCCCGGGAGCCCACGAUGCGAACGUUUCCUCCUCCGGCUGCCAUGGAGACGCCCCAACCCUCCCCAAUUGUAGUAAAUGAAACAAAGCAGGCCAAGUCCAGCAGCUUGCCGUGGCAGCCGGCGGCGCCCAGCAGCAGCAGCAACAGCAGCCUGCAGGCCUCCUACAGCAACGGUCAGAGCAGGGUGGCCGCCUGGCUUCAAGAGUCAGAGGAGAUGGACAAGUGUGCAGAGGAGCUCGCACGUUGCCAGUCUAACCUGACCGAGUUAAGCCGGUUGUUGCAGAGCCUGGAGAUCCUGCAGAGGACCCAGUCAGCGCCCAACUUCACAGAUAUGCAGGCCAAUUGUGUAGAACUGUCAAAGAAAGAAAAGCGCUUGAACAGAAGAUGGAGAACAAAAAGUGUCGGCAAAGAUGCGAAAUUCCAACUGCAGGUUCCUCUGUCUGCCAGCAUGUCGCCUGUCCGCCUCCACUCCUCCAAUCCAAACCUGUGUGCUGAACUCGGGGACUACCAGCCCCCAGUUUCUCGCCUGUCAGACAGUGUGGAGUAUGCCAGCGACUACUUUAAACUUCAGGAGGAAUUCUGCACCAUUGCCCAGAAAGUCCACUCUCUCCUGAAGUCGGCCUUCAACACCGUGGCCAUAGAGAAAGAGAAGAUCAAGCAGGUUCUCUCUGAGCAGGAGCAGUCUGACCAGUCAUCCCAGAUCAUCUCUAUCAGGAAGUCUCUGUCGCUGGCUCUAGCCCAGAACGCGGAGCUCCGAAGCCGCCUCAACCGCAUCCACUCUGAAUCUAUCCUGACGGAACAAGUUGUCAGCGUGAACAUCAUCGCCACGCCUGAUGAGGCCGUGGAGCAGAUGGGGAUCCCUCUGACUCAGCAGGCCUCUAAUGAAAGCCGACUCUCCAUGUCGGAGUCUGUCUCCGAGUUCUUUGAUGCGCAGGAAGUGCUUCUGUCGGCCAGCUCGUCGGAGAACGAGGGCUCAGACGAUGAGUCAUACGUCAGCGACGUCAGCGAUAACAUUUCUGAGGAUAACGCCAGCGUGACCGACAACGUCUCCCGACAAAUGGCCAACGGGGACUUUGCUGGCAGCGCUUUCCGUAACGGGCGGCGCAUCUGUCUGCCGGCUCCCUGCCCGGACACCAGCAACAUCAACCUGUGGAACAUCCUGAGGAACAACAUCGGCAAAGACCUGUCCAAAGUGUCCAUGCCCGUGGAGCUCAACGAGCCGCUCAACACGCUGCAGCGCAUGUGUGAGGAGCUGGAGUACAGCGAGCUGCUGGACAAGGCUGCGGAGACCGAGGAUCCCUUUGAGCGCAUGGUUCUCGUCGCCGCUUUCGCCGUCUCGGGCUACUCCUCCACUUACUACAGAGCAGGAAGUAAGCCAUUCAACCCUCUGCUCGGAGAGACUUACGAAUGUAUCCGGGAAGACAAGGGCUUCUGCUUUUUCUCUGAGCAGGUGAGCCACCACCCUCCCGUCUCCGCCUGCCACUGCGAGUCCAAGAACUUCACCUUCUGGCAAGAUGUGAGAUGGAAAAACAAAUUCUGGGGAAAAUCUAUGGAGAUUUUACCAGUCGGGUCUGUGAAUCUCACAAUUCCCAGGUUUGGAGAUCAUUAUGAAUGGAACAAAGUCACCACCUGUGUGCACAACAUCCUCAGUGGACGGCGGUGGAUCGAACAUUACGGGGAGAUCACCAUCAGAAACACGAAGAGCAGCGCUUGUCUUUGCAAACUUACCUUUGUUAAGGGAAAUUACUGGAGCUCCAACGUAAACGAGGUCCAGGGAUUUGUGAUGGACCAAGAGGGAAAAGUGAUCCACAGGCUUUUUGGGAAAUGGCACGAAGGUCUUUACUGCGGCAUCCCGCCGUCUGCCAAAUGCGUCUGGAGGCCAGGCUCCAUGCCGACAGACUACGAGCUGUACUACGGCUUCACCAGAUUCGCCAUCGAACUGAAUGAGCUGUGCCCCGAGCUGAAAGACGCCCUGCCGCGGACAGAUGCUCGAUUCAGGCCCGAUCAAAGAUAUCUGGAGGAAGGAAACGUGGAGAUGGCCGGCUCUGAGAAGCAGCGCAUCGAAGACGCCCAGAGAGCCCGGAGGAAGUGGAACGAGGAGAACAACAUCAAACACGAGCCUCGCUUCUUUAAAAAAGUGGUGGACGCCAACCACAGGGAGAGGUGGGUCUCCAACAACAUGUACUGGGAGCUCCGCAAAAACCCCGGCUUCAUCAACAUGGAGCCCACCGUCAGCCUGUGGUAGCACACGGAGCCCCGCCUCCAUCGCUGCGGACCAGGAAGCUCUUACCUAUGCACAGCGGGGUGUUGGACAGGAACACCCGGCGACGCCUGUGCGCAUGGACAAGAAGGACUGCGGAGCUGAGAACGACGUCGAGGGGCUGCUACAUGGUCACCCAUCCGUGGAAACAUCCUCAUCCUGCUUGUGGAAACCGGGUCGCCACUACUACGUAGAUCUCUCCUCAGCUCUUCUGACUUUCCCAGUUUGUCCUUGCCUUAAAAAGACCCCCAUACGAGUCGAAGGAUUAGGCGCCUUUUAGUUGAAGCCAUUUCGUUUCCAGACAGCAGUUUGGCUUAGACUAGUCUAUGGAGUAGACAUUUUGAAUACCUACCGAUAUGUGCAUGCUUAGAGAGCAGCUUUCAUCGGCAUAAAGUCGUAUUUACUAUAUCAUCAAAUAUUGUAGAGAAAAAAAAGAAGUAUUUUUAUAUAUAUAUAUAUAUAAAAAAGAAUAUCUUGUGUGAAAGAAUUAUUUGAAUUGGCAGAUUUUUAUUUAUUUUUUGUUUUUUAAUACUAAUGAAUCUGUUAGGUGGCAGAAUCUUCUCUGGGGAAUCGACUCACACUCAAUUAACAGAAACAGUGAAGAGAGAUCACAUUACUAACACGUUUACAGGAGUAAACAAUAUAAACCAUGUACUGUAUUUUCCGCACUAUAAGGCACCUUCAAUGAAUGGCCUAUUUUAAAACUUUUUUCAUAUAUAAGGCGCACCGCAUAGAAUAGACGAUACAGUUAGGGUUGCCAUCCAUCCCGUAUUGAACCUAUACGGGACGCUAUUUGUUCCGUAGUCUACAAAUGUGGAUGGGUAAUCCCCGAGUACUUUAUAUAGUCGGCUGCCCCAGUCAUUGUUUCACUCACGGUGUCCGGUGUUGCGAUAUUGUGCCCAACUGCUUUCUGGGUAACACAGACCAACCGACACGCUGCUGCCGCAGUCUCUGUCUCUCUUCCCCCAGCUUUAAACGUAUAGGGGCUGGUCCCUUGGCAACCCUAGUCGAAGCACCCCGGAUGAAUGUCUAAAGCCACUUUGUUGACAUAAAGAAUGU